AUUGAUGAGGCGUCUCGCGGAGCGUGCUGUCGUGUCAGCCCGGCGCGGCUCCCGAUUGGACGAGGGCGUGUGUGCGCGGUGACGCGCGUCGCGGCGGUGCGGGUCCCGAUUGCUGCAGCCGCUUGUCAGUGUGACGAAGAUUGGCACCCAAGAAUUGCAGUUCAUGAAAAUAGCAAGACAUCUCAGAUCUUCAAGGGGAGCUGAAGAACCUGAAACUUGGAAGCACCCGGAAGACUUGGAAGAGACAAAUUGGCUACUUGAAGACCAGUUGUCGUUAUUCUUUGAUGCUGCCUAUUGAUCAGUUGAUCUACACUUUGAAUAUUCUCAAACUCUACCAUAAUUUCGGAACUAAAGCAGGUUUUAAAGAUGGAAAAGUAUAAAGGUGUUGGUUAUGAGAAUCUUAAGUUCCUUCUAUCAGUUGAGAUGUAAACAUUAUCAGUAUUUGUCCAAAAGUUCUGGAAGGGGGGUGAUUGAAAUUAUACAGAAAAAUUGAACUAAGAUGUGAUGAUUUAACUUUGUAAGAAUCCUCUGUAACCAUGAUGGCAACGCAGACAUUAAGCAUAGACAACUAUCAAGAUGGGCAGCAACAAAUGCAAGUAGUAACAGAGUUAAAAACUGAGCAAGAUCCAAACUGCUUGGAAACAGAUGCAGGAGGACUGAGUCCUUCCCCAGUCGAGUCCCAGACACCGAUGGAUGCAGACAAGCAGGCCAUUUACAGACAUCCUCUUUUCCCCUUAUUAGCACUGUUAUUUGAAAAAUGUGAACAAUCUACACAAGGAUCAGAAGGCACAACAUCUGCAAGUUUUGAUGUAGAUAUAGAAAACUUUGUUAGGAAACAGGAGAAGGAAGGAAAACCUUUUUUUUGUGAAGAUCCCGAGACAGAUAAUUUAAUGGUAAAAGCAAUUCAGGUUCUACGAAUUCAUCUGCUUGAGUUAGAAAAGGUUAAUGAGCUCUGUAAGGAUUUCUGUAGUCGCUAUAUUGCAUGUCUGAAAACUAAAAUGAACAGUGAAACUCUGCUAAGUGGAGAAUCCGGGAGUCCUUAUUCACCUGUGCAGCCCCAGUCCAGCCACUUUAAACAUGAUAAAGAUAGCUUGGAUUUGCUGGAGCAGCUGUCUUCAUGGAAAGAGUCACCAGAAAAUCCAAUUCAAAGUGCCAUCACAGGAACACUAAGUCCCCAGGGGGUUAUGGUACCUGCAUCAGCAUUGCAGCAGGGAAAUGUUACUAUGGCAACUAUUGCAGGUGGGGCAGUAUAUCAGCCAGUUACUGUGGUCACACCUCAAGGUCAAGUAGCAUUGUCACCUGGAACCAUCAGGAUCCAGAAUUCACAGCUCCAGUUACAAUUAAAUCAAGAUUUAAGCAUCUUGCAUCAAGAUGAUGGGUCAUCAAAAAAUAAAAGAGGAGUUCUUCCGAAGCAUGCCACAAAUGUGAUGAGGUCUUGGCUUUUCCAGCACAUAGGGCAUCCAUAUCCCACGGAAGAUGAGAAAAAACAGAUAGCAGCACAAACAAAUCUUACACUACUCCAGGUUAACAACUGGUUUAUCAAUGCUAGAAGACGAAUUCUACAGCCUAUGUUGGAUUCCAGCUGUUCUGAAACUCCAAAAACAAAGAAGAAAACAGCUCAAAACCGACCAGUUCAGCGGUUCUGGCCGGACUCCAUUGCAUCAGGAGUAGCUCAGCAUCAGCCAAACGAACUUACUAUGGCAGAUGGAGCUGUUGUAACCAUUACUGCUCCUGUCAAUAUGAAUGUAGACAGUCUUCAGUCCCUUUCCUCUGAUGGUACGACUUUGGCUGUCCAGCAAGUCAUGAUGGCAGGACAAAGCGAGGAUGAAUCUUUGGACAGCACUGAAGAUGACGGAACAGACCUCUCGACUACUAACAUCAGUGGGCUGGUCUUGGAUAACAGUGAUUCUCUGCAGUAGGAAACCAGAGAACCAGGCCUAAAUGUUUAGGAGAUCCUAUGGACUGACUGACUUUUUAUAGUUUGCACAGCAAACAUUUUACACAAGUUUUAUUUCUAAUAUGUUUUAUAUGUAGAUAUAGAAGAGUGCACUUUUUGUAUUUCAUAGUAAGCUUAAAGAGUGUCUUUGCAGGUGCAGCAACUUCUUUCAAAUGUGUUGUUUUUGGUUUAAUUUGGAAAAUCUAGUAAUUUAAGAAAGAACACAUCAUCAACAUCACCCCAUUAUUUUCUUAGGGUAAACUACUCACAGCAUUGAUCUCAGAUGAACCUGAUGGGGCUAUAGUCAUGGGGAAAUACAGUGGAGGAGCCAGUUUUGCAUCAGCAUGGAUCUAAACCUGCCCUCGCCGCACCAUCCCUAUCUUACUCACGGUUUGCUCUUCUAUAAUGUUCAACACAUUGCAGUUUUGUGACACAUGAAAAUUGCCCUGGUGGAAGACUUGAAAACACUUCUGUCUCCUUGAGAGUUAUGCAUUCACUUAGUCCUGUCGUUUUUAAGAUUACUCUUGGUGGUUUAACAAUGUAAAAUGUAAAGCAUGUCAAACUUAGUGUAUGGAAUUUGUUUCUGAAGUUAGCCAUGUAGAUUUGAAAGAUGCUUCUGCACCUUAAAAACAAAACCCAGCCAGUUUCAAGUGGGCAGCAAAACACACGGCAGGAAGCGGAGAUGUGUGAUUCAGUAACGAAUGUAUGAAAUUAAAAAUGAACUUAAUUUCUCCUAGAGCUGUUAGGCGGAAUCCUCCAGAUUACCUGUGCACCUUUUAAAUUGGCCACAGAUUCUUACUCUUGUCAUUUCACUAACCUGCCCUGUGGUGUAGUUAGGAUCCCUUUGAGCCAAUGGGGAUGAGGAGGGGCACAGCAAAGGCACAAGGGGGCGAGGGGAGGGACAGAAUAAGCGGUGGCUGUCUUUUCUCUCCCUUCAGUGGCACAUUUAAAGAAACAGGCACAUCCGGAUUCCAGCCUAACAGCCCUAAUCCUAGCCAGUGAGUCUGCUCGUCAUUUGCUAUAAAACACUUAUUUUUACCUUUAUCAGGAUUAUUGGAUUAAAAAAUAUUUUUAUAAAUUCUCUAAGAAUUGGGACGAUGACUGUAUUGAGCAUGAGAAAAAAUGUUUAGUACUUCUAUUUGGAAGGUUAUGAAAACAGUCCAAAUUGAAUAAACAAGACUAUGCUAUAUA